ACGGACGCCAUUGUCGUCUUACAAAGACCUUUGAACCACCUUCGUUUCUAACCAAGCCAAUUGGCCUAAUCAAACAUCAAGUCAAGAGCUUUCAUCACCUACCCCUGCUUAAUCCAACAAGAAAACGAACCCCUUCAUCCCUGCAAUCAUAACCAUCUUUUGGCACCAAGAAGAAAGGAAAGAAAGAAAGGAAGAAAGAUUCUCUCUAACCAUUCCCAAGCUUAGCAAACUCGAACUCCCACUGCUUUCUUACCACCAACUUCCCAAACCAUGGUGGAAAUCGACCCAUCAUUCAUCCAAGAAACAGAGCACAGGCCAAGCUCCAAAUCACCACCACAAGAAGAAAACCAUGGCGCCUCGGAUCAAAUCCCAGUAAUCGAUCUCUCUUCCGACACAGAAUCCCUGGUCACCCAGAUCGGCGACGCCUGCGAGAAGUGGGGGUUCUUCCAGGUGGUCAACCAUGGAGUCCCGCUGGAGCUGCUCGACAAAAUGAAGAGGGUCGGUAAACAAUUCUUCGACCUGCCCAUGGAGGAGAAGAAGCGAGUGAAGCGGGAUGAAGUCUACCCCAUGGGUUACUACGACAGCGAGCACACCAAGAACGUUCGUGAUUGGAAGGAAGUUUUCGAUUUCCUGGUGGUCGAUCCGAGUUUCGUUCCCGCCACCGAAGUUCCUGAGGAUCCAGAGCUCAGGACGUUGACUAAUCAAUGGCCGCAGACACCUGCUGAUUUCAGGGAAGUCUGUGAGGAAUACAACAGAGAAGUUGAAAAGCUAGCGUACAAGUUGCUGGAAUUCAUUUCCCUGAGCAUGGGUUUGCCUGCUGAGAAACUGGGUACCUAUUUCAAGGACCAGAUCAGCUUCUCCAGGUUCAAUCACUACCCUCCUUGCCCGUCCCCCGAGCUAGCUCUCGGCGUUGGAAGGCACAAGGAUGGCGGAGCAUUGACUGUGCUGGCUCAAGAUGAUGUGGGAGGGCUGGAAAUCGCGAGGAGAGACGACGGAGAAUGGAUCCCUGUCAGGCCUGUUCCUGACGCCUUCAUUAUCAACAUUGGCAACUGUAUGCAGGUGUGGAGCAAUGACAAGUACUGGAGUGCAGAGCACAGAGUGGUGGUGAACUCGAAAAGGGAAAGGUUUUCGAUACCCUUCUUCUUCUUCCCUUCCCACCAUGCCCAGAUCAAGCCUCUGGAAGAGCUAGUGAAUGAUGAAAACCCUCCCAAAUACAAGGAGUUCAACUGGGGGAAGUUCUUCACCAGCAGAAACCGCAGCGAUUUCAAGAAGCAGGAGGUCGAGAACGUUCAGAUCGAUCAUUUUAAGGUAUCAAACUGAGUGGUUUUAGUUUUCAGUGUGGGAAGCUUGCUUUCCUUUGCUGCUACUACUAAUGCUGCUCUUGUUGUUACUGCAAUGGUCAUUACCUGCUGGUGUAGUUGUGUUGUAUUAUGAAAGCAUGAAUCAAAAAGAGAACAAUUCAACAUAUCUCUGAUCUAUUU